GCCAUGACAGGCCAUUGCAAAAAAAAAUCUGGCAUAAAUAAAAGUCACGUUGGAUCCCAGCUUCAUUAAACCAAAAUAAUUUGCCUAAUUUGGAUGAAAAUAAUUGGAGUAUUUGAUAAUUAUUUUGAGGAUUUAAUUGUUGAUAAACAUAGUGAUAAAAAAUAAAUAAAUAAACAUAUUUAUUAUUGUAGAAUAAUAAUAAAAUUGAGCGUGCGUUACCAAGGCGACUGAUGACUGAUCAUCUGUGAGUGAUGAAGAAAGAGCGAGAGCAAACGUCAUUGAUAUUUACAUGAAUGAUUUUUAUAUAUAAAAAUUUAUUUAAAAAAAAAAAAAAUUUAUUGAUAUAUGCUUAAAAAAUAAAUAUGGAUUUUUCAAUAAUUGGUCAUUAUGAUGGUGCUGUUCAAGCUGAUACUGUUGACGAGCAAAAUAUAUUGUGGGAAGAGCCAACAUAUGAUUUAUCAGUUGAUGGAUUUAUGCCAACAACUGAAAAUUAUGGUGAAGAAUAUGAUGGAGCUGAAUUUCAAGAAACACAUACACUACUUGCUGAUGGUGGUCAUCGUUUUGGUGUAUCAACAGUAACAUUUGAUACUGUUGAAGAAUUAAUGUGGAUGGGAAAUCAAGGUGGACAUGUUACAUCAUAUUACGGUUCAGGUUUACAAAAAUACACAUCAUUUCAAGUUCAUGCUACUCAAGAAGUUCGACAUAUUCAUUCAAUUGACGAAGGAAUAUUGUGUUUAACACAAACAGCAUUAAGAUGUCAAUUACGUCGUGGAAUACCACUGUUUACUCAUACAUCACAAAAAAUGAUUGACAUAUGUAUGCUACAGUAUGGUGGACGUUUAUUAAUGGGUGGUCAUCAAGAAAUUGUUGAUUUUGAUUUAACAAGAGGCAAAGAAGCUAGCUUGAUACAUGUUGGUGAAAAUGGCUGUGCAAUAUUGAGACACCAUAGUAAAUUUAUAUGUGCUGGUAAUACUGUUGGAAGAAUUGAUUUACGUGAUCCAAAUACAUUGUCAAUUGAGCAUACUAUUGAAACACAUGGUGGCUCAUUGAGUGAUUUUGAUAUACAAGGAAAUUAUCUUGUAACAUGUGGCUUUAGUAAUAGUCGACAGGGACUUUCAGCUGAUCGCUAUUUAAUGGUUUAUGAUUUGAGACAAAUGAGAGCUCUUGCACCAGUAACAACAAUGGUUUAUCCACUUUUAUUAAAAUUUCUACCAAGCUAUUCAAGUCGUCUUGCUGUUGUUUCACCUCUUGGACAAAUGCAGCUACUUGAUACUAUUUAUGCUGAUGUACAACCUUCACUGACUUGUCUUUAUCAGGUUGCAACAGGUGGUGCUAUGGUCUUAUCUUUUGAUGUUUCACCAACAUCAAAAUGUCUGGGCUUUGGUGACGCAGCUGGCUCGUUACAUCUUAUGGCAACAAAUGCAACUGAUCCUCAGUUUAAUACUUUCUCGAGACCAACAGAAUUUGCUGAUCCUGUUGAAACACUUGAGCCAAUUAAAAUUGAGGACAAGUAUUCAAGAUUGAAUGCUAUUCCAAUGUUGUAUGGUGGUCAUUCACUUGCCAGUGAUUGGCCAGAAGAAUUUUUAAAAAAAGUUUAUCGAAAAACUCCGGCAAUUGAUGCUGAAAUACUGAGGACAAUGAAGAUGCAAGGAACAAUUGGCUAUGCACCAAAUCCCCAAGCAUUUCGACGAAAUCAAAUUCCAUACAAUUUAGAAAAACGUCGUGGAUUGGUGACGAAAUUGUUUCAAGGUGAAACGAGACCAAAGACAGAAGAUGGUAAUUUUAUUGCAAUACCAAAAAGAUAUAGAAAAACAGAAGUUAAAUAUUCGAGAAUGGGUUAUGAUGAUUUCGAUUAUGAUCAAUUUAAUUUAACAAAUUUUUCUGGACUCGAAGCAACGCUACCAAAUAGCUACUGUAAUCCCAUGCUGCAGUUACUGUAUUACUGUGAACCCAUCAGGACUGCUCUAUUAUCACACGCUUGUCAACGAGAAUUUUGUCUUUCUUGUGAAUUAGGAUUUUUGUUUCACAUGCUUGAUACAUCAAGAGGCUCACCUUGUCAAGCUGCAAAUUUUCUACGAGCGUUUAGAACUGUACCAGAGGCAGCUGCACUUGGACUUAUUCUUAGUGAUCUACAUCCAGAAGCUAGAAGAAAAACAAGUCUACUUAUAUUAAUUCAGAGCUGGAAUAGAUUUAUUCUUCAUCAGAUACAUUAUGAGAUUCUUGAAACUAGAAAACGUCAACUUGAAGAAGAAGAAGCAGCACGUACAAAAUCAGGAGCAAAAUUUGCACCAUUUGUCUACAAUGAACAAGAUUUCCCAAGUAUACUUCAAGACCUUGGUUCACGUUAUAAAAAUAAUGAUUUAGAUAAAAAGAAGAAAAAAAAAACAGAUGAGGAUGGUAAAUAUAUGUGGAUCGCAACGAAAGAAAGUACGAGUAAAAAGCCAACUGAAGAGACUGAAGUACGUGAAGAAGAGACAGAAAUAAGCAGGAUGUUUGGUGCUGAACAGGUACAUAUUUAUCGUUGUCUAAAAUGCACUCAAGAAAGUUCAAAACAAUCAAUAAUGCUACUCAGUAAUUUAAUAUACCCAGAGCUAACAAAUCCAAAUGAAGAAAUUCCAUUUACUAAAAUACUAUCACGUUCAUUGAAUCCUGAAAAAGUAACACCAGCAUGGUGUGAAAAUUGUCAGAAAUUUAAUCCAACCCUACAAAGUCGUAGAAUAACAAAACUACCACAAAUACUUGCACUAAAUUGUGGUCUUGAUUCAUCAAGAGAAAAAAAUUUUUGGCAAACACAAAUGGAUAUUGUCGUGCAAAAAGUUGUUAAUGGUAAAGAUCAAAGUCCAUCAUCAAGUCCAAUUCCUUCAUCAAUUAAAAUGUGUCGUUAUGGUGCAAAUUGUAUAAGAAGUGGUUGUAGAUUUCGUCAUAUUGGAAAAGAGCCAGAUCCAAUAAAUCAAACACCAACAACACCAACAACAAAUAAUUCACAAACAAAUACUGUACCAUCAAGUCAUUUGUAUUAUUCACAUUCUUGGAUACCACAUUGUAUAGAAAUAUCUCUAGACAAUGACGGUGAAUUAAGUGUUGAAAAACUUGAUAAAAUUAAUCGUGAAGUUAUUAAUAGUAAGCCAUUAAUUAUUGAAAAUGGAACAAGUGAAAUAAAUGAUAAUCAAUUAACAGAAAAUAAUGAUGAUAAUAUUAAAAUUGAUGAUAAUAAUAUUAUAAUUAAUAAUGAAAAUAUAGAUACGGAUAAUAAUAUACAAAAAAUUGAUAAAUUACAAUAUACAUUAACAGCAGUUGUAUGUUUAAUUGAUGAUAAAACAAGUGAAGAAAGUAAACAUCUUGUUUCAUUAAUAAGAGUUGGUCCAAAUUAUCAUGAACGUUCAACUGGUUCAGCUGUUGCACAAUGGUAUAUAUUUAAUGAUUUUUGUAUAUCAGCAGUAACACCACAAGAAGCUGUAUGGUUUAAUUUAGAUUGGAAAGUACCAUGUGUAUUGUAUUAUACUGCUGUACCAUCACCAGAAGCAUCACCAUUUAUAAGUCCAUUAACAUAUGAUGUAUUUGGUGAGGAUAAAUGUGUUGCACGUACUGGUGUUAAUACAACACGUGGUAUAACAUUUACACCAUUGACUAGUGAUGAAAUGCCAACAAAAGGUGAACUUGUUGGUAUUGAUGCUGAAUUUGUAACAUUAAAUCAAAAAGAAUCUGAAUUAAGAAGUGAUGGUAAAAUGUCAACAAUAAAACCAAGUCAUAUGUCAGUUGCUAGAAUAACAUGUAUACGUGGUCAUGGUCCACUUGAAGGUACACCAUUUAUUGAUGAUUAUAUUAGUACACAAGAACAAGUUGUUGAUUAUUUAACAAAAUUUAGUGGUAUAUUACCUGGUGAUCUUGAUGCUAAUUUUAGUAGUAAACAUUUAACAACAUUAAAAUCAACUUAUCAAAAAUUAAGAUUUUUAGUUGAUAAUGGUAUUAUAUUUGUUGGUCAUGGUCUUAAAAAUGAUUUUAGAGUUAUUAAUUUAGUUGUACCAACUGAACAAAUUAUUGAUACUGUAUUGUUGUUUCAUUUACCACAUCGACGUAUGGUAUCAUUACGUUUUUUAACAUGGCAUUUUUUGGGUAAAAAAAUACAAUCUGAAACACAUGAUUCUGCUGAAGAUGCUCGGGCAGCACUUGAACUUUAUCAUAAAUAUUUAGAAUUGGAAAAAAAUAAUGUACUGAAUGAGGCAUUAAAAGAACUUUACAAUGUUGGCAAUGAACUUCAAUGGAAGGUUCCAGAGAGUUGAUCCACGGGUAUGGACCCAUUUGAGGUCACAUCAAUUAUUGAUGCAGACAACUAUCUCAACAUUUAGAUAUCAACUUGUAAUUUUAUUAAUUUAACUUAAUUUAUUUUUUUAUUUUUAAACAACUGGGGUUUUUUUCUUUUUUGUUUUUUAUUUUCAUUUUAAUUUACAAUCGUCAUUUUUAUCGGUAACAAUUAUCAUUAAUAGUAAAAUCAUGAAAUUUGAAAAAUUCACAGUGAUUGAAAUAAUUUAGAAAAACAUUGAGAAUUUAUUUUUUUUUAUUCUUUUUUUGUGAUAUACAUUGAGAUUAUCAAUUUGAGAUUAAAAAUUUCAUAUGAAUAUUUAGUUGCAAUCGUUAUAAUUGUUUAUAAUUUUUCAAGUCAAUAUUAUAAAUAUUCAUAAAAUUUAUAAUACAAUAAUUAUUGUAAAUAUUGUGACAAAGGUUUUUAUGUCAUUUUUAUUUUAUUUUUUUUUGUCUUUCUAUUUUAUUUUUUUUGUCCAGUUUAUAUUAAAAAAUAUCUACAAUCAUUUUUUUAAAUGUUUUUUAUAUUUUGAUAUUGAUUAAUAUAUAUCUUGGAGAUAUUAUUAAAUAUAUAUUUAUAAAUUCCUGACAUUUUAAAACUUGUUGACUAUUUUUCUAUGAUAUUUCAAUGAAACAAAGAUAAAAUCUUUAAUAACGAAAAAUAAAAAUAAAUCUUAAUAAUGUAAAAUUUUACGAGUCAGUCAUGUGCGGUAUAUUUUUAUGAAUGAAAUGAUAUGUCAGGAAAAAAAAUACGUACGUAGAAAUUGUAAUGCUUGUCGUUUACUAAAUUAAAUUAUAAUUAGAAAAUAAAAAAACAAAGAAACAAUGUCUCAUGUCUAUUGCUGUUACGCAAAGUUUAAAUAAAUGUUUUUACAAUUAA